UAACAAUGCCACCAACCAUACAAAACGGAGCUGCUGAGAAGCGCAGUGUAACAAGACCUGCAGAGAAAAGAUUGGAGCUCAUAUGCAAAGUCAAGUUUUGCAACUCGCUUCCAGACAUUGCGUUUGAUCCAAAGUUUAUCAGUUAUCCAUUUGACGCUAACAGGUUUAUUCGGUACAAUCCGACGUCUCUAGAGCGGAAUUAUAAAUAUGAGGUACUCACAGAGCACGAUUUGGGAGUUGAAAUUGAUUUGAUAAACAGAGAGACUUACACCAGUGAUCAAAAUGCUCAAUUAGAUCCUGCGGAUGAGAAGUUACUGGAAGAGGAUGUUCUCAUGCCACAAGAUUCAAAGAGAUCCAAGCAUCACGCUAAAAGUGUCUCUUGGCUCAGGCGUACGGAAUAUAUUUCCACCGAACAAACGAGAUUUCAACCUCAAACCACAUCUGAUAAAGUCGAAGCAAAAGUUGGUCAUAAUAUUAAAAAGCACUUUAAGGAAGAAACAUUGUGUAUGGAUCGUGAUUCACAAAUUAAAGCUAUAGAGAAAACAUUUGAAGAUAAUAAGAAGCCCAUUGAAAAACACUACAGCAAAGCUAACGUUCAUCCUGUAGAAAUUUGGCCUGUUUUCCCAGAUUUCAAGUUGUGGAAGUACCCUUGCGCCCAAGUUAUUUUUGAUUCUGAUCCAGCACCUAUGGGACUCUCGGUUCCUGCACAAAUUGAAGAGAUGUCUCAAGCAAUGAUUCGUGGUGUGAUGGAUGAAAGUGGAGAACAGUUUGUUGCUUACUUCUUACCGUUUGAGGAAACUCUCGAAAAGAGAAAGCGAGAUUUUUGUUCUGGAAUCGACUAUGCUGAAGAUGAUGAGUAUGAUUAUAAAAUGGCUAGAGAAUACAACUGGAAUGUUAAAAGUAAAGCUUCCAAAGGGUACGAAGAGAAUUACUUCCUCAUUAUGCGGGAAGAGGGGGUAUAUUACAAUGAAUUGGAGACACGUGUGAGACUCAGUAAACGAAGACAAAAGGUCGGACAACCAGCUAACAACACAAGGCUUGUCGUACGCCAUCGGCCAUUGAACGCCACAGAAUUCCGUAUGCAGCGUUACCGAGAAAAACAACUCGAACCACCUUGUGAGGAGGAUGAAGAGGAGGAAGAGGAAGAAGAAGAAUUGGGACCUCAGAAGACCGAAUCUAAAAAUGAAGAAAAAGAAUCGGAUAGAGAAGAUAACGAGCAGGCAGAGCAAGAGAACGUGGAUAAUGAGGAGGACGAGAAUAAAGAAAAACUCGAAAAGGUCAAUAAAGAAGAGAGAUCUCGUUCAUCCUCACCGGCUUCCUCUCAGGCUUCGAGCCGCAAGUCUGGUUCAAAGCCCAGAUCUCGGUCUCGAUCGCUAUCGAAAGCUCGCUCUACGCGCUCCAUGCGCUCGAGUCGCUCGGUACGUUCUUCGCAGUCUCGCUCCCUAUCAAAGUCCCGCUCUCGCUCUCGCUCGGCUUCCAGGUCGGGCUCUGGCUCGCCUGGUCGGUCACCUUCGAGGUCGCGCUCUCGCUCGGGUUCUCCGAGCAAAGCCGGUAGCGCCAGUGGUAGUGCCAGUGGAAGUGGCAGUGCUAGUGGUAGUGGCAGCGAAAGCGGCUCCGAGUCAGAGUGAAGUGCUUUUUUCAUCUCUCACAUAUUCACGAGCGUUUUCAAUCAACAUUUUACGCUCACCCAUUCAUAUUGUUCAUUUUUCAUUUUUAUCAUCUCAAUGAUUUGUGUUUUGGGUAGAGUUGCAACGAAACGAAACUUUGUACAGUACUUAAACGUCAUCUUAUUCUUUCAACAGUUUUUAAGAUACUUCCAAGCAAAUGACUAUAGCUAUUUAAAUCAUGUGCCUAUGUAUGGUAUAGUCAUUCAAAUUUUAACUGUAAUAUCAAGUAUUGUUCAAGUCGAAUUGUAAGAGUUAAUUAAGAUGUUUUUCAUUUUUAACUAAAAUGUAAUGUUAAUUGCGUCCUUCAUCAUAUGCAAUAAUGUAAAUAAUUUUUUCAUGGGAUAAAUAAAAAAUUUUUGUAAAA